GCGCUCACACACUCUCUAUUCUAGUCAACCUUCAGCCAACGUAGACCACAAACGAAGCCGUGUCUAGCGCGAUAUACUUAAACUUUGAACCAAAUGUAUUUUUUGUCAUUUGCAAAAACCCAGGGCGGAUACACUUGUAAGGGUAUUCGCACUGACAGCGCCGACGAUGAAGGACGAGGAGGACAAGGAGGAGGAGGAGGAGGAGGAGGAGGAGGCCACGACAACGGAGGAGGAGGGAGAAAACUUAGAGGAAGAAGAAGAGGAGGAGGAGGAGGACGACGAGGAGGACGAGGAGUGGGAAGAGGAUGAGGAAGAAGAAGAGGAGGAGGAAAAAGAAGAGGAGAAGGAAGACGAGGAGGGCCCGACGAUGGAGGAGUGGGAGGGGGCCGAAGAGGAAGAAGAAGAAGUGGAGGAGGAGGAGGCCGUGGCAAUGGAGAACGACGACCCGAAAGACGAAGAGGAGGACGAAGAGGAGGAUGACGACGAAGGAGGAGGAGGAGGAGGCGGCCCCAACAAGGGCGAAGGAGGAAGAGGUUGCGACGGCGGCGGUGGCAGCGGGGGAGGAGGUGGCCCUGACGAUGGUGGAGGAGAUGCCAAUGGGACAGGGAAUGGCGGGACAAGGAGGAAGAAGAAGAAGCGGGGGAGGAGGAGGCCAUGGCGAUGGAGAACGACGAGGAGAAAGGUGAAGAGGAGGAUGACGACGGAGGAGGAGGAGGACGAGGAGGCCCCGACGGGGGUGGAGGAGGAAGAGGCGGCGGCAGCGGGGGAGGAGGUGGAGGAGGAGAGAUGACGAGGAUGGGGAGGAGAAUGAGGAGUAGGAGGAGGCCCCCACCACGGUGGAGGAGGAGGAGGAGGAGGAAGAGUGAGAGGGGGCCGAAGUGAUUGGCCACCCGAUCACUCCGCCAGCCCUCCCCGCUCUUUAUUCAAUCAAUCGACCACCCAACC